ACAGAGGGGUUGUUUUAGAAGUGUUGAAAGAGGCAUUAGAUGAAGCAAAGAUUAACCCAGAGCAAAUAGAUGUCGUAUGUUACACAAAAGGACCUGGUAUGGGGGCACCACUGGUAUCUGUUGCCAUAGUAGCCAGGACAGUUGCCCAAAUAUGGAAAAAGCCUAUCAUUGGUGUGAACCAUUGCAUUGGACAUAUAGAGAUGGGUCGCCUUAUUACAGGUGCUGAUAACCCCACUGUGCUCUAUGUCAGUGGAGGAAAUACACAGGUGAUAUCAUUUGCUGAGAAAAAGUACAGAAUAUUUGGAGAGACUAUAGACAUUGCUGUUGGCAACUGUUUAGACAGGUUUGCAAGAGUUCUGAAACUGUCUAAUGACCCUAGCCCUGGCUUCAACAUAGAACAGCUAGCAAAGGAAGGCGAGAAGUACCUAGAACUACCAUAUGUUGUCAAAGGAAUGGAUGUCUCCUUCUCAGGCUUAUUGUCUUUCAUAGAAGAGAGAGCUGAUGGUUUGAUCUCAAGUGGGGAAUAUACACCAGCAGAUCUAUGUUACUCCCUACAGGAGACUGUCUAUGCAAUGCUCAUUGAAAUAACAGAACGUGCCAUGGCUCACUGUGGAUCAGAAGAAGUCCUGCUUGUAGGUGGGGUAGGAUGUAACAAGCGACUACAAGAGAUGAUGGGGACAAUGGCCAAAGAGCGUAAUGCUACACUACAUGCCACUGAUAUGAGGUUCUGUAUUGACAAUGGUGCCAUGAUUGCACAGGCUGGUUGGGAGAUGUUCAAAUCAGGACAGACUACCAAAUGGGAGGACACAUUUUGUACACAAAGAUUCCGCACAGAUGAAGUAGAAGUUACUUGGCGGUCAUGA